AUGGCCAGACUAUCCCAAAAACCGAUUCUCGGGAUAAGAGAAGGCAACUAUGGUAGCGAUUCCAGCUCGAUGGAAGAGAAUUCUUCUCAGGGGUUCCAAUACCGUUCCUCUUCUCAAUCGUCUCAGUCUUCUCAGUGUUCGGAUGCUUAUCAACAGAGAAGACUAUUACUACAAAAUCGACAACUUGCGUUGAAAAACGAAUCACAUUUGCAGCAAAUUUCACGUUUACAGAAUCAAUUAGCUACUUGUCAGCGUGAGUUGUUGGCGAGCAGACAAAAAGAAGUGGUGUUGAGAGACCGACUUAGAAGAUCUGCUGCUACCGUUAGAGACACUAUUGUGACAAAGUUUGAGGAGCUAAUGGCACAGUUUAACAAUCAUUUGCAGGAAAUAGGCAUUGGAUAUGAUGGCAGACCCUAUGUUCCAUUAUUGUUACGAGAGAAGCCAGAUAGUAGAGACGAGGAGCCGAAGGCUUUGGGUUAUCUAGCUGGCAUUAAUGAGACUUAUCGGAGAAAGAGUAGAUACCUGAGGAGUGAGAGUCCUAGUAAUACAAAAGAGUGUGACGCGAUUGAAGAGGAAGAGGAACCACAGGAAGUACAGGAAGCACAGGAACUGCAGGAACCAAAGGGGGAGGCCGAAAAGAGACCAAAGGUGGACCUGCAGGAAGUACAAAUAGAAGAAGAUAGUGCUUCUGGAGAUACAAUUAUGAAGAAUUCAGAUGUGGAGACCGACUCUUCAAAUAAGCCCUCAUUUCCCAAAGUGGAGCUUCCGCCUGCUUAUAAGGAUGAACCGGAAAAUGUUCCUGAAAAGAAAGAACCAAAACUGCUACCUGCACUUACAGAGACAAUUGAUAAUGUUGGAAUACCACCUUUAGAAUGUUCCGAUCUUGAACACAUAUCCCCGGAACCUUUGAAGCAAUCAAAGGUUUUGGAUGUGGAAGGUGAGAAUGAAAUCAGUCUUUCAGAGAGGAAAAGAAGGCAUAAACUUAGUGGAAUGGAAAGAGAGCUCAAAAACCUCGAAUUUGGAAUGCCAGUGGCAUGGAAAGAACAAAGAACGAUAGAGAAUAACUAUGAAGAGGCACCAAUGGAGUUACCGGAUGCAAUGGAUAUUCCUGAAGGAGACCUAACUGAGUCUGAUCAGUGUGAUGAGGAAGAAAAAAAGCCAAAGGAAAUACACGAAAUUGAGGAGACAGGCUUCUCGAAUAAGCCAAUGACAGAGAAUCCAUUCAGAGAGUCAAGUCCUGAAACAGAGAAGGAUAAUAAUAAGAACAGGCGGAAGAAGAGACUCAGUGGAUUAUCUAGAGAGCUGAGGAAUUUACACUUUGAGAUGCCACUCUCAUGGAAAGAGGAGACCAAAAAAGAGUCAAAAGAAGUUGAGGACACGAAAGCUGAUGACUCUAAGAUCUCCGAGAUGAUGGAGCAGAAUAAUACAUUUGAACCUAUUUUCAUCAAUUCUCGAAGAAGAAUUAUGGUGGGGUCUUUCCCAUCGAAGAAGAGGAAGACUGCUCAAUUUGGUAGGAAAGGUAGAAAAACCAGGGUGCUAAAAGACAUUACCACUGAGAACAACAACAGGAACCUGCAGAAGGAAGAUGAUAAGCUGGGAAAACAACAAAAAACAACAUCAAUCUUCGACUUCCCAGACGACGAAAGCAAUAAAGAGAACGUUAAGACAAGAAAGAGAGGAAGACCUCGUAAAAAUGCAAGCACGACUACAAGACGUCAUCGGGUUAAAGCCUAA